GCACGAUUGUAAAGAGCGCGAGAGUGUGUGCAGAGAAUUGACGGUCACAAACGGAGGGUAACAUCAAAGCGGAAAAAGCGACACGAAGUCAGUCGCUUGCCGGCCGUCCGUAUGAGCAUUUCGUUCGGGCUGAACGCACAACGUUGCACUCGGAAUCUCUCGCACGCGCCAACCUGAGGGGAUUUUUUGUUGUUGUUGAUCUUAAUAGAUUAAAUUCGUCAUUCUUCAAGAAAGAAAAUAGGUGCCAAUGUUAUUUGCCAAAUAUUCUCAGAGUUUUAUGCUGAUAGUGUGAGACGAAAAAAAAACGAGUGGCAGUGUCCUCCACCCCCGCAUUGAACUGUGAUUAAUGUUUAAAAUGUGUACAACAUGUGUUUAUAUUCAUUAAUCUCCAAUUGAUUGCAUGCUUGGGGAUUAAUUGAAAUUCAAAUUCCACCCAGCGCGGUGUAGUGCAAUUUUUACCUCAUUUACCCAUCAAUUGAGCCCAUUGAGCCCAUACAUACAUAGUAUGGAUUAAAGUGAUUUUAUGUGUUUAUUGAGAGUGCUAUAUGUGUUGGCCAGUCAUAAUGGGAUUUAAUGGUGAAUGGGUGAAGUGAGUAUUUUCCGGUGAAGAGUUUAUCAGAAUUUUUGCAAGAGGGUCUGCAUGACAAUGGCCUAAGAAGUGGUUUACACUGUCUCAAGUGCAUCGUGUGCAAAAGAAGAAAACUGCGGUGAAACGAAAGAUUCUUAACGGCGGAAAAAUGGUGGAUAUCAGUUCGAUAAUCGAGGGUACAGUUAAAUUCCGCGAUGGCAAGAAGUGGAAGUCACGAUGGUGUGUCAUGCGGAAAUUGUCCCCAGUAGCAGAUUGUCUCCACCUUCAGCUGUACCGAGACUCAAAGGAUCGAUACAAACACGGACAGACUAAAGCUUCUUUGUCGCUGCAGCACUUUCUCGGUGUUGAAUCGGGAUUUACAUUGGACAAGGAGUCCAACACAAUUGCCAUUAUUUGUCAAGAUGUUAUCGUAGUCUUGGCAUUCGAUACAAGGGAACGCUUAAUUCAGUGGCAGGUGAAAAUAUCCACAAAUCUUGGAGACGAUAUUCAGUACUUGAUUCUCGUGUCUUCAGCACCGUCCAAGGCAAAAGUAUCAACGGGACCGGCAAGGAUGCACGUACAGGAUCAUCGAUUUUGUCUCACAACGGGUGUCCCACCGAGACUUGCCGGUCUCUGGGAAAUUGGCCACUUAAGGCGCUAUGGGGUUGUGGACAAUCGUUUCUGCUUCGAGGGUGGGUCACAGUGUGGCAAAGGCGAAGGUCUCUAUGUCCUUGUGACGGAUCAAGGGGAUGAGAUUACUCACACCCUCAAAGUUGCUUCGCAGGGGAAAUUGGUAACAAAGAGACGUCCCGUCGCCCGAAAGCUCUCAGCUCUAGACAGCCCGAGAAAACUCUCCCCUCGUCCUGUUGAGGAUGGCAUGAGCCUCUCGACAAAUCACCACUUUCACGCCGAAGAGACAAAUUGCCUGUGCAGCAGUCGAACGUCUUUCUGGCCAUCUCAGGAAUCUCGGGAUUUGGACAGCAACUACGGCUGUGGCGACACGGUGUCUGUGUCAGAGGCUCACGAUGCCCUCGGGGAUGGUGAUCUGUACCCAGGGCGCUCUACAAUGGCUCACAUUGAGCGAUGUAUGAGUUGCAUUUCGAAAUUAGGCGCCCCAUCGAUGUCCCGAAGCUCCACUGCUGCUGGCACCCCGGGUCUUGCACCAAUGCCUGCAUGGACAAUCUCAGAGUACCACCACACAUGCCCGUCAGCUGGUCAGGCUCCAGGUGUUCCGGCAAAGGGGCACGAUAGGAUGUCCCUGUGCUCCUCACACACCGGCAGUAGCAGCAAUUCGGAAUAUUCGGUGCCUCGGUGUACAUUCGGUGGGCAGGAAUGGUGUGAGCACAGCCGAUCACAUCAGAAUGGGGUGCAGUGUGCCCAAUGUGGACCACCGAGACCGCCAAAACCGAAAUCACUGCAAAAGCCACCAAUGCCACUACCGCUGUCUUCCCCUGCUGGUACCCACGUGGGCCCAUAUGAGAACUACGACGUACCCCGAACCCCCGUAGCCCUCGAUGCGGAUAACUACGAUACACCCAAGAAGAUUCACGAGUACCUGGCUGCUGACGUGAACAGCAAUCCUAGUUCAGCUUCCUAUGCAAACUACGACAUUCCAGCAACAGUUGGGAAGAUGUGUGGCUGCCUGGGGCAAUCUGAUAGCACCCCUAGAACCCUCGAGAGGGAUGUCCCACGAACUGACUGCACGUGCACCCGCGUAAUGUCGUGGGCGGACAAUUGGAUCUCCCUGCCGUAUUGUAGACGGGGGAAUACAAUUGAGAACACAGGAAUACCCAUAAGUCGUGUUAAGCUCAGCGGCGAAGGGAAGAUGCCCGUGAUGCAACCAAGUGGGGAACUUGCAAUCUAUGCAACAGUUGACAUGGCGAAAAAGAUGAGCCGUCGCAUUGCUGAGAAGUGCGACUGCGUACCGGAUGAUGCUUCUGAAUCCGGGUCAUCGAACUACAUUAAUCUCGAUCCAGCCCGCGAGGCGGGUGCUGCGCAGCCAAUGGAUACAAACUACACAAAUAUGGAUUUUGCCCAAUCACUGGAGCACUAUGAGAAUUCCAAGAAUGUCCUGGAGAGAGCAGGAAUCCCAAUUGGGGAGAGUGAGGAGUGUGAAGUACCAAAAGUCUGUCAGAAAUGUGGUCAUGCAUCGGGGAAGCAAGGUGAGGCCAAGACACCCGGGCAAGAUGUUAAAACUCCCAUUGAGGAGAAGAAUGAAAAUUAUGUGAUGAUGGAACCACGGAAGGAUCGAGGAGAAUUCCCGGGGUACCUCCCAAUGUCCCCAGCUGCCCCGCAGAAUCCACCAAGUCAUCUAGCCAGCCCUCCAAUACCCAAUAAGAGUGACCUAAUUAAGCAGCGCAUGAGUAGGAUUAUUGGGGAGAAGUCAGCCAGCAAUCCCAGCCUCAAUGGGCCAACCGUUGACAGGACAAAGAAGCGUUCGGAGAAUGAUACGAGAAUCCCCGGAAGUGCAAUGCUACGAAAUGGUGUCAGCCCGUACACGAGGAAGCAGCUGAUGGAUAACAGUGAUCUCCUUCCAACAGCAGCUGAUAAGCGUAUUGUAUCACGAAAACGAUCCUCAUCGGCGGAUUCAUCGCGCUUCCUCGAGGAAGUUGAGGAAUUCGACAGCACGGAAACCCUGCGGAAGUCCUCAUUGACAAAUCUCGAAGGGCGACGUUCAUCAUCGCCGUGUAUUCAUCAGGAAACUGAAACAUGCACCGAUAAUGCUUGCUGCGCCAAACCAUCCACCAGUACAGCCCCAACGCAGGCAGAGAGAGCCGCAAUAGCUGAGCCUGAAGAUGAUAUUUCCGGAUCAACGACUCAGAGUCAAAAUUCCCAAUCUGUCUACAUUAGACGCUCCGAGAGUGUCCCGUGCAAGGCACAAAAUCGCGAUUCAUCGAGCUCCAAUGAUUCGGGCGUGUCAACGGGAUCCCUGCGUCAACGUACCGGAGACUUUGCUGACUUUGAGCUUCCACUCACCACCGCCAUGUCCGCCCGACGCCAUCAGAAACAUAUCCUUCCAGCUACCGGUUGUGUUCAUGCCUCACUGCCACGGCGUUCCAAAUCAUUUGACCCCCUGCGCGAGCUUUCAUUUCAAUUUCAGAAAAUCAAAAUUCCCGAAAAGAGUACUUCGGCUGAAGCUGAAAUUCCCAUUUGUCCGCCCAAAGUUAAAGGAUUCGCAAGUCCCGGGGAAGUGGCUUCAAUCGCCGGGCCGCCCUAUAUUGAUUCAAGGAGUACCAGUAGUGGAACAUCUGAUAUGUCUGACUACAUUGAGACACUUUCACUAUCAAGCCAUAGUUCGUCAGAUACACCAGAAGGAAUGAGACUAAUUCGUCCACCUACAUCGACAUUGCGUCCGCGAUCUGGAAAGGAGUACCAGAAUAUAGAUAGAUCGAUACUUUGUCUAACACAGCAGGGAAUCAACCCUCCGGGAGAUCCCACAAAAAUGACUCCAUCGCAAUUCCGAAAUCUCCUUCCCAGCUCUGUUAACUACGCCAACAUCACACCUGUUCCCGAAAAUGCCGAAUCACCUAGUCCUGGCUACCAGAGUGGAAGUUCUCCGCAGGAAAAUCAAGGAGAACACUUUAUGUUUAAGAAUUAAUCCAACGAUUAGGCCAUGAGAUCAGACGAAACAACAAAGACUUGACGCUGUGUGCCGUAGAUAGGGACUUAUUCGGAAUUCAAGCUCCUGGAUAGUUUCGUAGUGGGUACAGGGAUGAAAUUUUGUGAGUAAAAGAAAAGCACAAAAAUAAUUAUAUUUUUUGGGACAUUUCUCUCCACUAAAAACAACCCCUAAUCGUCUCUUUCGAACUCUUACUUUUCCAUCUCCCCAAUCGUUAGUACGCGAUAACCUUUGAGAAUAAGUAAAGAAAAAGAAAGAAAAUGCAGGGAAAUUGAAGAGCUAAAGAGAGAGAUAAAGACAUGAUACGAAAUGGUACAAGAAAUUUAUGAAAAAAAAAAUUUAAACCAAUUCUCAGAACAACGACUUCUCCGUAGAAUUUCAAAAAAUGGGUUUCUGAAUAUUUUGCACGAGAUUUUUUAACUUGAGAGACAUAAGAAUGGUUCCAGAAUGAAAGAGAAUAAUGAGUAGAUUGUAAGUUCCUUCUGAAACUUUAAGAAAAAAGGAAGAAAAGUAAAUCAAUAUCGUAGUUAAUGUAUAGGACGUAAAUUAAUCGAUUAAAAACGUUUUCUUUUUGUUUUAUUCGAAGAAAAAAAUAAAGGAAGGAAUCUAACUUAUACCAUUACUUUGUCCCAAAUAGAUAGAUUCGGAAGAAUAAUGAGUAAGAAAAAAACCUAAUUUAUUCCCUUCGUAAAGAAAAAACUGAAUGUAAAUAUAAAUGCCAAAAAAUAGAAAUAAAAAAAAUAUUAUAUUAAUAAAAA